CCCUGCUGGGAGGAGAGAGCCUGCCGGGUCCAGCACUACCACUUCCCGGGCCCAGCUCUGCCCGGCUCCACGUGUUCGCAAUGUCCGCCUCGCACGGUAGGAGGCCGGCAGGUAAGGCUCAGGGGAUCAUCCAGGGCCAUGGACAGAGGAGCUGGAACAUGUCAGCUGGCGAUUAUGUUUUUUUCCAUUCAGGUGUACCAACUCGAAGUCCUGAGAAAAAGAAACAAAGAUCUGGCCUAGAGAGAUCUUCACACUCGGAAUAUGCUCCACCAACAAACACAAGUUCCAACCAUCUCAUAGCUUCGAAUCCUUUUGCUGAUGAAUAUAGUGUUUCACCUCCAUUGACCUACAGCCAAUUCACCAAGCCUAGAUAUAGUGCUAGUGGAGAUCAACAGGCUUUUAGAAUGCCAUUCACAAACCCACCUAGAAUGGUCUCUCAUUCUUCUGCCUCACCCCGCAGGGAACAACAGACUCCUCUUCCUCAAAAGUCAGUGCGGAAGCCUUAUGACAAAACGCACUACUUCAACACUUCCAUUCAAGAUAAUCACUCUUUUAACGCUGAGUUUGAUCAAACCAUUACCUUCCCGGGACAGCAUUUCAGAACUAACCAUACUGAGAAAUUCCAAAUCUCAGAAAAUAACCCUGACUUAAGAGUAGCUCAUCACAGAAGUCCAAAGGAAAAAUCAAACUUGAAUGUGCAUAUGGAUACAAUGCAUGCUUAUAUUUCACAACAAACUAACUUUAGAAGCCCAAAAGGAUGCUCCCCAAAAACUGUUAAUCGUCAGAGACAAACUUUAGAUAUUACAUCGUUCUCUCCUGCUAGUACAGAAGACGUCCAUUCUCCUGCUUCUGAUUGUUUGUAUGUUGUUGACAACAAAGGAACUCCUGUUAAAGAUUGUGCACCACAACUAGCAAAAGACGACGUAUCCUUGCAUGAAAAGUGCAAUAGAUGGCUCCUCCAUGCCUCACACUCUGGUCAUUUAUCCAAAGGUCCAUUAUACCCAUGUGGAAUAUGUUCUGGAGAUGUUGAUGAAGUCCAGGAUUCCAUCAUGUGUGAAGCUUCUUGUCGGAAGUGGUUUCACAGAACAUGUACUGGGUUGACUGAGUUUGCUCAUGCACUUCUAACCGCUGAAGCCUCUGCUAUUUGGAGUUGUGAUUCCUGUAUGGCCAAUAAAGAUGUCCCAUUGAUACAAAUCAAGCAUUGACUAGUGAUGACUUAAAACCCCAGCCCAUCCACCCCAACAUAGAUGUUUAUCAUUAUUUAAUGAAGUGCAUUAAAUGAAGCAAUCAAGUGCCUUUUAUUCAGUUUAUAGUAACAAAUUUCAGAACAGUCCAUGAUCAAGUUUAAGACCAGUUGAUGGUUCCUAUUCCAUUCAUCCAUAUAGCAGAAGCUAUUUACCAUGUGUGAACCGAAAAACAUUUGUACUUAUUUUGUUUGCACGAUAAACCUCAUUUGAACAUUCUGAUCCAAGACCCAAGGAAAUCACAAUUUUCUUGACUUUUGAUAAACAUCUAGAUUUUAGAGGUCCUCCUGAUCUGGAUGUGACAUGCUGCUAUGAAAUCGGUUGCACUAUAAGUGGAUGUUUGAAAUUGUCUUCUCGGACCAAAAGGUUUAAAGGCUAAAGCGCUGCUGCCCUUGAAUAAUGAUUUUUAACAUUAAUAUGACAAGAGAAUAAUACAGUACCUGGCCAGUGAGACUAAAACCGCACCUGGCACUUUAAUGGACUUUCAUAGAUAUUUUUAAAAGCUCUGAAAAUAACAAAAUUGUAUGUGUUUUGCACUAGGCUCAGUGCCCUCUUACCCCUUACUAAUGUGAGUUCUAGAUUCAAGCAAUGAGAUGCCUUUAUUUAUGCACCCAA